GGCUCAAAGGGAAUCCAUCGCCCCCGUCCUCCACCGAGAAAUUGUGGCAAAAGCCGCUUGAAGCACAGGAGCCAUGCCCACUCCUGCCGACAAGAGGAAGAUCGUGAAGAAGCGCACCAAGAAGUUCCCCCGGUUCCAAGCGGACCGCUUCAAGCGCAUGAACCCGGCCUGGCGCAAGCCCCGGGGCAUCGACGGCCGCGUGCGGCGCCGCUUCAAGGGCUCCACGCUCUGCCCGAAGAUCGGCUACGGCUCCGACAAGAAGACGCGAUUCCGCUUGAAGAACGGCUUUUACAAGUUCGUGGUGCGCUGCCCCGCCGACCUGGAGAUGCUGCUGAUGCACAAUGAGAAGUAUGCCGUGGAGGUGGCGCACAACAUCGGGGCCAAGAAGCGCAAGGAGAUCGUGGAGCGCGCCGACCAGCUCCGGCUCUACGUCACCAACCGCAACGCGCGCCUGAAGACAGAGGAGGCGAGCUAGAGCAAAGGGGGUGAAGCCUCGCGUGCGACGGAUGGCCCGAAGAUGCGAAGAGAACCGGACGGUGGAAGGACGUGCGAAGAGAUUACCGCGGAACGG